AUAUUGUGUUGUUCUGUAACUAAAAAUGUUUUGCAUGUAUUAUAUUUCCAGUGCACAUUGAAGUGACAACUGUAAAUGGGAUGCUGGGUAGUCCUGUUACACUGCAUCAUGAGUAUCCUGACUUGGAACACCCUGUUCACAUCACUCGGAACAAGGGAAAGACUUUGUUAAGUAGCUGGACACAUCGUACCAGAGCCACCGAAGGGAUGCACACUGUCAGAGGAACUGUAGAUGACUGUGUUAUGCUUGAUCUGCACAAUUUCACAAACAGGCGUAUUCAUGUUACCUGGAAGAAAGGCAAUAAGCAAGUGGCCAAGAUGAAAGGUCAUCCUGUACAGGGCUCUGGAACAUACAGCGAGAGAUUUCGUGCAUUCCCCAAUGGCAGCUUGAGUGUUUGCCCCAUGCAGCCAGGGGAUGAGGGCCAGUACACAGCAGAAGUGUUUGAUCAUGACGGGGCAGGUUUGGACCAUCAAAAAAUUCUACUAGAGCAUAGCGGAAAUAAAACAGCACCUGUUCAAGAACUAACAGGAAUUGUUGGCAGCUCUGUGUUCCUACCUCUAGCAGCCAAGGAUUGGAAUGACUUGGUCCAGAUAAUGUGGAAGAAAGACAGCUUGUUGGUUGCUGAGUUAAAUUACUCCCGGUCGGAGUCCAAUGCGGGAAACUCCUACAAAUCUCAGAUCCUAUCUGAUGGCACGCUCAGACUUGACAGGCUUCAGGAAAGUGAUAGUGGACGAUAUUCAGCUGAAGUGCGAAACAGAGAUGGGAAGAUUAUAUACCAGAGAAUGAUUGAUGUGAAAGUGGGUGAGUAUUUCUCAAUUUAA